UCGCGGGCAGCUUUCUCUACAAUGGCUUCCACAUACACACCGCCACCAAAACCCUAACAACUCCGCCGCCGGCAUCGACUACGGUGAGAAACGAGCACGUCACUCUUCUGUGGACACCGUCUCACUCCACAAUGGCUUCACCAUCCACAAACCCUAGCAAUUCUCCCACCGGCAUGAAACCUGCGCCGGAGGACGAGUACCUCUCCAAUUGUACUCACCUAUCUCGUCAACAAAUCAUCAGGCGACGGUCCUACAACAUGAAACAGCUUGCUAAGUGUUACCGCCACCAUUACUGGGGAUUAAUGGAGGAACUUAGGGUUCGGUACAGGGAGUAUGUAUGGAAAUUCGGUAUGAGUCCGUUCCAAGAGGAGCAUAAUGAAGAGGAGAAAGUUAAUGUUAAAGAGGAGCAGGUUACGGACGGAAUUGAUGAAGCGAUCGGCGCAGCGGGCAAUGGAAAUGGCAGCAACAAUAGUUUGUUGUGUGUUUUCCAUGGGUGUAAACUGAAGGCCAUGACUUUGACCAAUUUUUGUCAGUUACAUAUUCUAUCGGAUCCGAAGCAACAGCUAUAUAAGCCAUGCGACUAUGUCAUCAAGAGUGCACAGACAGGACCAAUAACCUGUGGGAAGCCCAUACUGCGCUCAAUUGUCCCUUGUCUCUGCCACCUUCACUUCCAGAAAGCUCAGCAACAUGUCAGCCGUGCCUUAAAGAAGGCUGGUCUAAACAUCGUUAAUACAAAUAAGGUUGUACCAAAGUUCCAUGUUGUAGUGACGGAAUACGUUCGCAUAAUUCAGGACAGAAGGAAGAAUGCUUCAAGGGCAAAUAGGAAAAACGUCAUGCCUAAGCUUGAAAUCGAUAACUAACUCCCUCUUACCUGCAGGUAGUACAAUCUGUCCACAAGGGCACUAUCACUUUUGCAGUAUUUUGUACAAAGUUUAAAGCAGAAUCAACCAUAGUUCUAAAUCAAUGUAUUGGUGGGUGAUUUUGCAUUUCAGAAGUUUAGGAACAAGGAGAUGAAGGUUGCCAAUUUGAGGAAAAAAGAAAGUAGUAGUAUAUAAGAGGUUUAACUCCACCGUGCAUAUGUAUUCGGUUUCGUAUGUUUUUUUGAUUGUGUAUCUAAUAGUUAGGGUAGGAAUUGUAAAGGGAAUGUUUGGUUAGAGGUUGUAAGCCAUAAUUAACGGGAAUGAUGUUAAAAGAAACUGUUUGGUUUUAGA